UCUCGAGAAAGGGGGAGAGAAAGAGCAAAUACCGGAAACAAACACAAUAGCAACUGCAGAAGAUAAAGAAGAAGAAGAAGAGGAGAGGGAGGAAGAAGAGUUUAAAUCACGCGACCGAUUAUACCAAAGGAUCGAGAGAAGGCUCUAAUGGCAGACACAUCAGUGGACAAUUGCCCCGGUGGCCGAGUAGUUCCACCGCUCCAACCUAUUCUAUAAUUAACGGGAAAAAUAGGACGUAAAACUGACACCAUUUUUCCGUUUCUCGAGUUCGCCAAAGUGCCGUCCAUGAAAAUAUGCCUCUAUUUCUCAACAAGAAUCUGAGGAGGAUUCCCGCGCGUUCAAGGCCAAGUGAAGGACUCAACUAGUAACUAGUGAAAGGAAGUACUAAAAUAAAUUAGUAUUUCGUGAAUAUCUAAAAGACGAGAAUAGGAUUCUAUGCCAUGGAGCCAAGGAUAUCUUGUCGAGGCGCCAUCUUCAUCGUCUUUUCAUGUUGGAUUUCGAGUCGCGUUCCGCUUGCAGAUGGCAGCAGACUCUCCGAUCUGGAGGCCGUGAGCAAUGCCCUGAAUCACGCAGCCUUCUCCCUGGGGAGUCUGAAGUUGCUCUUCAUGGAAAGGUUCAACAUCACCAAUGCAACCAUGGAGAUCAUCCUCUCAACGACGGAGACGUAUCGCUUAUACACUGCAACCGAGGAAACGCAGGUCUCCGAGUCGCCAACGGGCGGAGGUCGUUCCACCGCAAACCCGUCCGAAGUCUCCACCAGUCAGGAGUUGGUCGAAACUUCAGGAUUCAGUGUAGUACCUUCAGAAGAUAAUAAUACUCUGCUACCUGACACUCUACCAUCUACUCCAUUCACACUUAGUACUACUGCCACACAUUCCACCAGUCACUUAACUACUCCACCUGUGAGUGAGAGCACUCCCAUACCUCCUGCAGCUCAUCCAACUACCCCAUCACCGCUUGACACUACUUUUGCAAACUCCACCAUUCAGCUAACUACUCCAGAUUCAGUAGUUAGUGCCUCUACAAGCUCUACAAUUCACCCAACUACUCCACCUGCAUUUGAUUCCACUUCUACAGUCUUCACCAUUCACCCAACUUCUCCAGUGGAUGAUAAUUCCAGAAGCUAUGCGAGUCAUCCACCUACUCCAGUUCCUUCUAUUGAUACUACUCUAACUCCAUAUGAUGAAACCAUUCACCCAGCUACUACUAUUCUGUUUGAUGACACUUCUAUAAGCUCAACCAGUCAUCCAACCAUUUUAUUUCCAUUUGAUGAUACUUCUACAAGUUCAACCACUCAUCCAACUAUUCUACCUUCACCUGAUGAUACUCCUACAAGUUCAUCCACUCAUCCAACUAUUCUAUCUUCAUCUGAUGAUACUCCUACAAGUUCAUCCACUCACCCAACUAUGCUACCUUCACCUGAUGAUACUUCUACAAGUUCAACCACUCACCCAACUAUGCUACCUUCACCUGAUGAUACUUCUACAAGUUCAACCACUCAUCCAACUAUUCUAUCUUCAUCUGAUGAUACUCCUACAAGUUCAACCACUCAUCCAACUAUGCUACCUUCAUCUGAUGAUACUUCUACAAGUUCAACCACUCAUCCAACUAUUCUAUCCUCAUCUGAUGAUACUUCUACAAGUUCAACCACUCAUCCAACUAUUCUAUCUUCAUCUGAUGAUACUCCUACAAGUUCAACCACUCAUCCAACUAUGCUACCUUCACCUGAUGAUACUUCUACAAGUUCAACCACUCACCCAACUAUUCUAACUUCAUCUGAUGAUACUUCGACAAGUUCAACCAAUCACCCAACUAUUCUACCUUCAUCUGAUGAUACUUCUACAAGUUCAACCAAUCAUCCAACUACUUCAGCAUCAUCUGAUGAUACUUCAACAAGCCUUGUGAAUCACUCAGCCACUCCAAAUACAUCAGAUGUCAUUUUUACAAGCCCAGCCAGUCACCCAACUACUCCUACUACUCCAUCUGAUGAAAAUUUUACAAACUACAUCAGCUACCAAACCACUCUGACCCCAUCUGAUACUCCAAGUCCGUCUGAUGACAAUACGAGCUACACCAGUCCACCAAGCACUCCAACUCCAUCUGAUGCUUCUACCAGUUCCACCAGUCACCUAACAACUUCAAAUCCAUCUGAUGAUAGUUAUACAAGUUCAACCAGUUACUCCACUUCUUCUAUAGUCUAUACCAGUCACCCAACUACUCCAACUACUUCCGAUGAUACUCCUACAAGCUCUACUAGUCAUCUAACCACUCUGACUCCAUCCACCACUCCAACUCCAUUUGAUGAUACUCAUACGAGCUCAACCACUCAUCUAACUACUCCAAAUUCAAUUUAUGAUGAUUAUGUAAACUCAAUCACUCAUUCAAUCACUCCAGCUCCAUCUGAAGAAACUUCCACAAGCCGAACAAGUCAACCAACUAAUCCAACUCCAUUUUAUGGUGAUUAUACAAAUUUAACUAGUCAUGCCGUUACUUUAACUCCAUCUGACAAUACUUCUACAAGUUCCUACAGUCACUAUACUACUCCAACUCCAUUUGAAGAUGAUUAUGUGAACUCAACCAGUCACCCGACUACUCCAACCCCAAUUUAUGACGCUUAUACAAAUUCAACCACUCAUGCAACUACUCCAAAUCCACCUGAAGAUACUUCCAUGAGCUCCACCAGUCACGAUACUACUCCAACUCCUUUUGAAGACGAUUACAUAAACUCAACCAGCCACCCAACUACUCCAACUCCAUUUUAUGACGAUUAUACAAACUCAGCCACUUAUUCAACUACUCCAACUCUAGUUGAUGAUACUUCCACAAGCUCCAUCAGUCACUCAACUACUCCAACUCUAUUUGAAGACGAUUAUGUAAACUCAACCAGUCAUCCGACUACUCCAACUCCAUUUUAUGAUGCUUAUACAAACUCAACCACUCAUUCAACCACUCCAACUCCAUCUGGUGAUACUUCCAAAAGUUCCACCAGUCACUCUACUCCAACUCCAUUUGAAGACGAUAACGCAAACUCAACCAGCCACCCGACUACUCCAACUCCAUUUUAUGACGAUUAUACAAACUCAACCACUCAUUCAACUACUCCAACUCUAGUUGAUGACACUUCCACAAGCUCCAUCAGUCACUCAACUACUCCAACUCCAUUUGAAGAUGAUUAUGUAAACUCAACCAGUCACCCGACUACUCCAACUCCAUUUUAUGAUGCUUAUACAAACUCAACCACUCAUUCAACCACUCCAACUCCAUCUGAUGAUACUUCCAUAAGUUCCAUUAGUCACUCUAAUCCAACUCCAUUUGAAGACGAUAACGUAAACUCAACCAACCACCCGACUACUCCAACUCCAUUUUAUGACGAAUAUACAAACUCAACCACUCAUUCAACCACUCCAACUCCAUCUGAUGAUACUUCCACAAGUUCCAUCAGUCACUCAACUAAUCCAACUCCAUUUGAAGACGAUUAUGUAAACUCAACCAGUCACCCGACUACUCCAACUCCAUUUUAUGAUGCUUAUACAAACUCAACCACUCAUUCAACCACUCCAACUCCAUCUGAUGAUACUUCCAUAAGUUCCACCAGUCACUCUACUCCAACUCCAUUUGAAGACGAUAACGUAAACUCAACUAGCCACCUGACUACUCCAACUCCGUUUUAUGAUGACUAUACAAACUCAACCACUCAUACAACCACUCCAACUCCAACUGAUGAUAACUCUGUGAGUUCCACCAUUCCCUCAAUUACAAAUACUCCACCAGAAGAUGACACUUCUAAUGCCACCACUUACUCAUCUACUCCAACUCCAUCUGACAAUACAAGUUUGAACUCCACCAGCCACAAAACUACCCUAACUACUUCUAAUAUUUAUACAAUCAUCGGUGACUCAACUCCUUCAACUCCUUACGACAACACUACUACAAGUUUCUCCACUCACUCCAUUACUCUAACUCUCUCCGAUGAUACUCUAGCAAGCCCCAUCAGUCACUCAACUGAUCUAGUUUCAUUUGAUAACACCUCUACGUACUCCACGACACAGACAAGUACUUCACUUGUAUUUGAUGCUUUCUCCAAAUACUCGACAAGUCAACCAACUACUCCUAAAGUAUUCAAUGCCGUUUCCUCGAUAUUUUCAUAUCAUCCAACAUCCACAACUCCAUCUGAUGAUGCAUCCACUCCAGUUCCAUCUGAUGACUAUUCUACUUACUCAACCAGUCACCCAACUACUCCAACUCCAUUUUAUGACGCUUAUACAAACUCAGCCAAUCAUUCAACUACCCCAACUCCAUCUGAUGAUACUUCCAUAAGCUCCACUAGUCACUAUACUACUCUAACUCCAUUUGAAAAUGAUUAUGUAAACUCAACCAGUCACCCAACUACUCAAACUCCAUUUUAUGAUGCUUAUACAAACUCAACCACCCAUUCAACUACUUUAAUUCCAUUUGGCGAUAUUUCUAAAAGCUCCAUGAGUCACCUAACUACUCCACCAACAACAGCUUCAUCUGAUGAUAGUUUUACACACUCAGCCAGUCACCUAACUACUCCAACUCCAUCUGGUGUUAGCUUUACAAACUCCACUAGUCACCCAACUAAAACUCCAUUUGAUGAUACAUCUGCAACCUUCACCGAGAUCUCAACAACUCCACCGGAGUUUAAUUCUACCCUUCCGAACUCCACUACUCAGUCAACUACUCUGCAUGCAUCUGAUGCUACUACUGGACAUUCCCUCCCAGAUGAAACUACGUAUGAUGUAUUUUCUACAGCCUCAAUCAGUCAUUCAUCUACUACUCUCCUUGAUGCUACUUCCACAAACUCUUCUAGUAAACCACACAUUCCAACUCCUUCUGAUCUAACUUCUCCAAACCUGACAAGUCAACCAGCAACUGCACCUGUUACUCCCAGUCUAUAUGCUACUCCCACACCUUCCUCACUUGUGUCUGACACUUGGCCUGAAGAAUUUUCUUCUUCACUAAUGGCCAAUGCUACUUCCAGACUUCUGACUCAGUCCCUUUCUGAUAUUACUCUUAACCAAGAGACUACGUUGUCCAGUAACACUUUUGCGUCUGACGUUUCGGUUCAGCCUGACUCUGAUACUAAGUUACCUGAUACUACUCCUUCCCAAACAGCUGACCCAACACUUUCUUCUCCAUCUACACCAUCUACAGAGAGUUCUACACAUACUCAGCCCUUUGCUUCACAGCAUACCGUGACUGACGCUGACACUACUCAAGAAUCACCUGAUUAUGACGAUGAUCCUACACAACCUGAUAUUACAACUUCACCGUCCGCUACAGCCACCUCGCAAGCGCCUCAGAGAGAGCGGAUGUCGAACAAAGAGAGCAGGAGUGGCAAAGGAGGUAGAUCUAACAGGAGGAGACGACAGGUACUACUUCUGGACACUACAGACGAAAACCCUUGCGCCUUCUUCAACCAGUCGUGGAACUCGAGCGACUGGCUUCAGCACGUCAACUGCAGAGUUGACGCGAUUGACGAGCUGGUGUUGAAAGUGGCGAAUGAAUCCUUAAACAUGACUUAUGUGGGCAACAUCGAAGAUCAUGCUGCAGUUCUAGACAUGUUGAUUGAAGAAGGUCAAGCGAAUCCCGAAAUGGUCUUGCAAUAUGGCGUCGAAGAUAUCUUUGUGGUUAUAGAAACGGUCACCAGAGUGGAGGACAACGCUAUCAGUGCUAAUUACGAAGUGGAAAAGAAUAUUGAAGUGAUAAAGGAAAAGCUGAAGAAGAAUAACGCACUGAUCAUUGCAAGCAUGGUGAUCACCUCCGUACUGAUCGUGGCGAUGGUAGUGGGUGUGAUCAAACUGAAGAAAAUCUACAGGGUCAGGACGAUAUAUAUCAGCGAUAACAAGAGGUCGAAAAGACGGGGCCAGCGCCAUUACUACCUAGACAACGCCGACUCCCUAGACAUGUCCACCGGAUCGUUCACCAGCCACUCCGAAGGGCAGGAGUUUCUGGAAUUCCACAGCAACAACAAAAGCAUGGAUGAUGGUGGUAUUCCCCUGAGCACGAUGCCAUCUUAUGAAACGUAAAUCUGUCCGAAGAAGAAGAAGAAGAAGAAGAAGAAGAAGAAGAAGAAGAAGAAGAUAGACGUCAACAUAACUAUGAUCAUCAUCGGCCUAUAUAGCAUCCAAGAAGAUCAAACUCGAUUAGAAUUUCCGUUAUGAAACGAUCAGAUGAGGCCAUUAGCCAGUUAUAAAACGUACUAUA